CAAUACUUGUACACAGAGAUACGAAGUCCCAGGAGCGUGGGUUAAAUCUGCAAGAGACCAGAAGCUGAAUCCCAUCUGUCCGUCUGCCGUCGUCACGUCCUGUAAUGGUGGUAUUGGAGGCGAGACAAAAGACGCAUUACGUCUUGUUACGAUCUCGUCUCAUGAUUGAUUACAUAGUGGCCUUGGGUAUUCAUACUUACUCCGUACAUGCUUACAUAUUUACUUGCACACAUAUGCAUCCUAUGUACAGGGUUGUCCGUUUGUAAUGUGUCCAUUGGAUCUGUCAUUUACUUCGUACAGAUGAAAGAGCUAGGACCAACUACAACGGUCAGACGCAAGGGCCUGUCGAGGAGAUGCACGGAGCGUACGAGAGAUGUCGAUUGGGAGGAUGUAGCACUGCAUUGGUUGAUUUUGGAAACCGGAUGGAUGGGAAUGGUUAUUAUUGAUCUCUGCAUGGGCACAGAGGAUUGUCUACAAGUAUACUCCGUACAUAUGUAUCCUGUGACUGCAUGUUCUAUUUGCAUGAGAUUAUGGUACAGAAAUAUACAUCUUGAUAUAUACUAGGCGUGCCAUGACAACAUUCUACAUCCAUAGUCUGUUCUCAUGCUAUCUGUCGUCUUAUUUUCGUAGUAUACAGUCUCCAUAGAUCAUCUACAGAUAUCUUCCAGCAUAUAAUGAUAUCA